AAGACGUCAGAGUGCCAAAGAGCGAGAGAGAUCGAGAUAGAGACCGCCAUCCAAGACCUGCUCUGCAUUCUGCGAAUAUCUUGGGCUCCAAGGGGAAUUGCUGGUCCGGUUGGGGCUGGCUUCUGUAAUUUCAUCACGGCUCUAAUAAAAGUAACACGUGUUGUUGACAAUCGUAAAAGGGAAAAAGAAUGCUUUCAAGCUUUCCCUAAGUUCUUGAUUGCUUCCCCUUCGUUUCACGGUGGUCGAGGUGCCCUACCUUCAGCUGGUGGGCAUCCGGCUGAUCUGACUUUCCUUGCUGGUGGGGGGUACUGAGACGUCAUCCUCGACUCCAUUUCUUUUCAAUUUAUUUGUUUUGAAUUAGAAAAGCUUUAUCUGUAAGUAUGGUCACAGUCAAGCAAUUUGAAGACGAUCUCUGUUUGUGGAAGUAUAUUGCUGCUCCUGAGCAGCCCAAAUGCCCCUGGCUUCCUCUGAAAGGCAUCAAGGUCCCUCUUUAUUGGUUGGGUAGCCACUCUGCUGUGGACAAUGGUAUCCCAGUGGAUUUUUCAUGCAUUCCAGAAGAGCAAAGCUUAUUGGAUUCUCUUCUUCUUGCUCAGUGGGAAGACCGCACCUGGAAAGGUCUAUUAAGAUAUGACAUUACAACCUGUGAGAUGAAGGUUAUUGAUGGUAAGAAAAAGUUUAUUGCUCAGUUCAAUGAGGGAUAUUUGAACCCUUUUCCAGAACUCGAGGAAAGUAAAUUCUUCAAGAAAGAAGACCAUCUUAAAUUUAACUGUAUGAGAAUGCAGAGGGAGGCACUGCUCUUUUGUGUUAAAAGUGGAGAGAAAACAAAUCCUGAGUUUGUUCAUUCAUCUACAAUUCCUAAUGAUGCUACCCUGGUUAUUGUUAAUGUCAAUCCUGUUGAGUACGGCCAUGUAUUCCUGGUACCAUGUGGCAUUAACAGCCCCCCACAGUGCAUGGAUUCAAGAUCAUUAGAGAUGGCGAUUCGGGUUGCUGUUGAAAUAAACAAUUGCUGUUUUCGUGUUUCCUUUGACUACUCUCCGUCAUAUGCUAGUGGUUUAUACUUCCAGGCUUGUUACUUUUCAAAUCCCUUGCCCGUGGAGCUUAUGCCAGUUGUUACUUUAUGUGGUCCUUGGCAAGAGAGAGGCAUGCAUAUCCAAGAAAUUUUGAAUUAUCCUGUUAAGGUUCUCUCAGUCAAGGGCACUGGUACUUUGAAAUCCCUGAUCAAGGUGGUUGCAGAGAUUUGCUCCAGUUUGCAGGAGCAGGAGAUUCCAUAUAGUCUGUUGAUGUCUGAUUAUGGCACAAAAGUGUUCCUGUUUCCUCAGCUGCACACGUUGGAAACCAGUGGCAGCCUUUCUGCUUGGGAGUGUGCAGGUCAUGUUGUGUUUAAGGCGAGGUCUGGUUAUGACGAAGCCACUGAGGAGGAUGUGCUAAAGCGUUUGGGUGCUUUCUCACUCAAUGAUGAACAGUUUGGGUUAGUGAAGCAGCUUUGCUGCAAUGUUGCAAGUAAGCUUGCGUCUUAAAUGGGGCCUACCUUACAUAUUAAUGUAUGAAUUAUAAAUACAAAUAACUAUAAACAUAUUCCAGGGUGCUAGUUUGAGGACUUGGAUGCUCAAUAGUUUGAGUUGUCUGUGUUUAUUAGUCCUGUCUUUUUUUUUUUUCAGUAUUUUCAUGUUUGCACUUUAAUACUCAGUAGUCCUGGCCUCUUGAGUUUGAAGUUGCUAUUUGAUAGUGUAUGCAGGACUUCUUACUAAUAGGAAGAUUUGUGCUUAAACUAUCA